AUGGACUACUGGAAGCUCGACUUAAAGAGGGAGAAGGAAGAGACGUUGGACUCGGGGAAGAAAGAAGUAACGGAGGAAGAAAAGUUUGAAGAAGCAUGGAGCCAAUUAAUAUAUUCUUAUGAUGUCCACAACAAUCCAUGGUUGACUUCCAUGUAUAAUAUCAAGGAGAAAUUGGCUUGGUGCUAUGUAAAGAAUGCUUGCACGCUAGGCAUGAGAAGUAUACAGCUUAAUGAAAGUGUGAAUGCUGAUGUAAAAAGAUGCACAACUCCAAAUUUAGAUAUCAAUGAAUUCUUUACCACUUUUGACAAAGUUGUUUCAGAGAAGCGAGACAAGGAAUUGAAACUUGAGUUUGAUUCCUGGCAAAAAAUUCCUAGGAUGGUCAAUCAGAGUAUGCCUAUAUUGCGUCAACUUGUGCUAACUUAUACCCCCAGUGCAUUUGACCUGUUCCAAGCACAAUGGGAUCUCCAAUUCUCUGUGAUGUUAACUCAACAUGAUGAAAAGGGACCAUUAUACAUAUACAUUGCCCACAUGAUUGAUGAAGAAGGGGAAUGGAGAAUUGAGUUUAAACCUAAUACACAUGAAAUAUCUUGCACUUGUGGAAUGUUUAAGACCACUAAGAUAUUGUGUUGUCAUGCAUUGAAGGUGUAUGAGUCAAAUGAUGUGAGAAUUAUGCCUGAGCAAUACAUUAUUAAGCGAUGGACCAGGGAAGCAAGGAGUGGUGUUGUGUAUGAUGUUAGGGGGAGUGAGAUACAAAGAGAUCCUAAACUUGAAAUCACAAGAAGAAUUAGACACUUAAUGUAUAAGAUGGCAGCUGAAGAAAAAGAAAACCCAUCACUUGAAGUCAUAGACAUUGCUGCAAAUUAUUCACAAAAAGCAAGCAUGGAGCAAGUGGAGGUGAUAAACAGCCGCCUCAGCAAAUUCUGUGACGCCUCAGGACAAAGAGUCAACCUAAGUAAAACAAAAGUCUUCUUCUCGCGCAAUGUUAAUCACACAAGAGCCACCCAACUGAGUGGAGCCUUCGGUUUCUCUCGCACUGUCAACCUUGGGAAGUACCUAAGUGUCCCGUUACAUCAUGAAAGAGUCACCUCAGAAACCCACUAG